AUGGACUUCCCUCAACUCGACUACGCCGAUGUCACCAGCGGCGACCCAGUUCGCCAGAGCAAGUUUGCCACAGAAUUGGUGAAAAGCUUCGAGACCUUCGGGUUUGCCUCUAUCAUCAACCAUGACGUGCCUGAAGAGACAAUCAAGGAGUGCUUUCAAUACAGCCGCAAAUUUUUCGCACUGCCCCAUGAGACUAAGAUGUUGUCAAAGCAUCCUCAAGGCAUAGCACCGCGUGGCUACAGCUUCGUGGGCCAAGAGAAUCUUUCCAGUCUGACCCGAGCGGACAGAAACAUGGAUAAGUAUGUGGAAACAAAGGAGUCAUGGGAUCAGGGAGCACCAAAUGAUAUCCCCAACCCUACCAACUGGGCCGCCACCGAGGCGAUUCCGGGAUUCCGGGACUUUAUGGAGAAGAUGUUCAACACGAUGCACGACUUCGAGGAGCGGCUGCUCGUCUCGUUGGCUGUAGGCUUGGGGCUACCAGCAACGCACUUUGAUCUGAUGCACACGGACCGUGUCAAUGAGUUCCGCCUGCUGCACUACCCGGAGGUCAAGGUCAAGGACAUCCUGGCGCCCGACACAACCCAGCGCACUAGGGCAUCCGAGCACACUGAUUUCGGAAGCUUGACCCUGCUUUUCCAGGACUCUGUCGGCGGCCUGGAGGUCGAGGCGCACAACCAGCCUGGUACAUUUUACCCCAUCAAGGCUGCCAGCCCGGCCAUGAUCAUCAACAUCGGAGACUCGAUGCAGCGCUGGACCAACGACCGCUUGCGCUCCACCUGCCACCGCGUCACUGUGCCUCCGGCCAUGCGCAAGGCCAGUGAAGAUGGGACUGACGAUGCAGUCAUCCCGUCGAGGUAUUCCAUUGUCUUCUUCGGGAAGCCGAACAGGGAUGUCUCCCUGUAUCCUUUCCCUCAAUUCAUGAAGAGUGGAACGAAGUACCCGGACAUCACUGCUGGGGAAUACAACCACUUGAGGGUUAUUACUACGCAACCAUAUGUUUAG